UGUAUCCAAACGAGGUCAAGAGUUAUGCCAUGUGUACGUCUCCCAUCCUCUCGCGCCACUUCCUUUCCUCUGCAUUCAUUUUCAAGCUAAACACCUCUCUGAACUUAACAGGAAAACAUUUGACCAGCUUCCAAGUAUACAUUUGGAAGUAUUCCUGCUAAGCAAUAUCAAAUCUAAGAAAUCAAUUAUGGAGCUGGCUGCCAACAGCUUUGGUAGAGUCUGUUAUCAAAUUCCAAGAGACAUCACCAGUUCAAACUAUACAAGAAGUGUUUCCCAUGGUAUCAGAAACAAGCAGACUAGUUUAGUUGUCAAAUGUGGCAUAGCAGAGCCUUCAGGAGAGCCAGCUCCCAUGGGCCAAAAGACUCGUUACAAAGACAAUUUCUUCGACAAGGCCUUCAUGGCUCUCUUUGCGAGAAAAAUGAAUCAGAUUACCGGGAAGAGAGGUGCAGUGGAUGGGUAUGAAGGAUUUGUAGAAACAUCAAGAAGAGUAAUGCAGGGCAGGACAUCCAUACAACAGCAGGAAGCUGUGAGGAAGGUGCUCCUCUCCAUGUUACCACCUGGUGCACCUCAAACAUUCCGCAAGUUAUUUCCACCAACACAGUGGUCUGCAGAGUUUAAUGCCGCCUUAACUGUUCCUUUCUUCCAGUGGCUAGUUGGGCCAUCUGAAGUGAUCGAGGUGGAGGUAAAUGGUGUCAAACAAAGGAGUGGGGUGCAUAUCAAAAAAUGCAGGUAUUUAGAGAAUAGUGGAUGUGUUGGCAUGUGCGUGAACAUGUGCAAGCUUCCCACACAAGAUUUCUUCACCAAUGAAUUUGGCCUCCCCCUCACCAUGACUCCCAAUUUUGAGGAUAUGAGUUGUGAGAUGGUAUAUGGUCAACCACCCCCACCACACGAUGAAGAUCCAGCCUUCAAACAACCAUGUUAUGCGGCACUCUGUUCAGUAGCACCGGCAGAUAGAGACGUAUGUCCUAAACUCCAAGCAUAGAUAAACCCUGAGCACCCCAGUUCGUGAUAUUUUUGUGAGGAUUAUGUGCGUCUAGUUAGAUAUGAUCAGAAUUGUAUAGUAGGAUCCACAUCAAAUCACUCCAUGUAUCUUUUUAAACGUAACCUUUAUCUAUUGUACACCCCAGAAGAAAAUACAUAGGUUGAAGUAUUUGUGCUAUCAACAUGUUACCAGGGAAAAUAAGUAGCAUGCUAUGCAAGCUGUAGCUUUGAGAAAUUCUGUAACUGCAGACAUAAUACAGAGGGUAAUUGUCUAUACAGAGGCAUUGAAGCACCAUUUUUCAAAUAAAAGAAUCCAUUUAAACUC